UGAAGAAGGGGUUAGGAAUCACGAUUAUAAAAAGCAGCAGCAGCAGCAGCUGCUCACACAAAUAGAGAAAGUAAAGCAAACAAAAAUUGAAUCUACAAAAGCAUUAAAGUUAAAAAUGAUGAACAGCAGCAGAUGGAGGAGCAUAAGCUGAAGCUUCGUUAUUAUGUACAUUUUCCUCAUCAUCACUGGCUCUACUGAACUCAGUUUCCCUUUCUCCCCUUCUCUAGGGUUUUGUACAGAUUGCAGCAAAACAGUACACGAUUCUCAAGAAAAACCCUAACACUACUCUAAUACCUUAAUUUCACUUCCAGAUUUGAUAUUGAAACCCUAAAACGACAUGGACAGAUCAAGAUCUAAGAGAUACUAUUACGACCAAGACUACGAUUCCGAGAACAACUUACCCAGGACUAAACAGAGGUACAACAACAAUCCUCACGGUAAUAAUCACCAUUAUGCUCCUACUCACCACCGCCGUUCCCUCACUGGCGGCGGCGGCGGCGGCGGUGGAGGAGGCCGGAAAAUGCAGGACCCUUCGUUAAUGGUUACUACUAGUUAUCGGAUUUUGUGCCACGAUGUUAAGGCGGGUGGUGUUAUUGGGAAAUCAGGUAGCAUUAUUAAGGCGAUUAGGCAACAUACUGGGGCGUGGGUGAAUGUGCAUGAACUGAUACCGGGAGACGACGAACGGAUCAUUGAGAUUUCGGAUACUCGGAGGCGGGACCCGGACGGUAGAAUGCCGGCAUUUUCGCCAGCUCAGGAAGCGUUGCUGUUGAUACAUGAGAGGAUUUUGGAUAGUGAUGGAGGGUACAGUGGUGGUGGUGGGGUUGAAGUGGAAGAGGAGUUUAGGAUGAGGGGCCUUAGUGGGAAUAAUCGUGCCGUGACGAGGCUCGUGGUGUCAAGAAUGCAUGUGGGGUGUUUGCUUGGGAAAGGAGGGAAAAUUAUUGAGCAAAUGAGGAUGGAGACUAAGACUCAUAUUAGAAUUUUGCCCAGAGAUCACACUUUGCCCCGUUGCGUUUCGAUGUCAGAGGAGAUUGUUCAGGUAGUUGGGGAAAUGAAUGCUGUGAAAAAGGCCAUAGAAAUUAUCUCCUCACGCUUGAGGGAGAGCCAGCAUCGUGAUCGUAGUCACUUUCCUGGUCGGCUACAUUCUCCCGAGCGGUUCGUUCCUCCUGAUGACGAAUUUAUUCCUCACAUGAACAAUACAACCCGCAGGGCGUCUGAAAAUGGGUCUAGUUUUGGAUCAAGGCUACUUGCUGGUAUGAGUAGUGGUCGAAGCAACAACUAUUCCUCAUCCUCGUCUGGCUAUGCCAUUGAAUCUGGAAACGCUCCCGGCAAUGAGAAUGGGCAAGUCAUGUAUGUUGAAGAUCUUGUGUUCCGAAUUCUAUGUCCAGUUGACAAGGUUGAUACUGUUGCUGGGGAAUCAGAUGGAAUUAUAGAGUUGCUUCAGAAUGAGAUUGGUGUGGAUGUCAAGAUUUUGAAUCCUGUUGCUAGCUCAAACGAACAGGUCAUAAUCAUUAUGUCUGAUGAGGGUCCAGAUGAUGAGCUGUUUCCUGCUCAGGAAGCUCUUUUGCAUAUUCAAACCCGCAUUGUUGAUCUUGUUCCAGAGAAGGAAAAUGUUAUUACAACUCGUUUAGUUGUGCAAACAGAUGAAGUUGAAUGCUUGGGAGGAAGAGAUGGACCAUUAUCUGACAUGCAGAAAAUAACUGGUGCUACUGUCCAAAUUCUACCAAAGGAAGAACUUCCACCAUGUGUCUCAGGGACUGAUGAAAUUAUACAGAUUGUUGGAGAGAUAAAAGCAGCUAGAGAAGCACUUGUUGAAGUGACAUCGAGGCUUCGGAGUUACACUUAUCGGGAGUUCUUUCAAAAGGAUAUACCCUCACCAGCAGUACCUGCCUCAAGCCCAGCUAGGAGUAAUAUUGGAGCAGACAAAAUUUCCGUCAACAACACAUCUCCUUCUCAACAAAACUACAAUGUGAAUGAUGUUCAAACUUCAAUCUAUCAAAAUGCACCAGCCAAACUGAUGACACAGCCAGUAAAAGAAACUGGGGCAUCUGCCAGUGAAAUAGCCAAGCAAAAUGAAAAUGAGCGUCGUGAAGAUAUUCCAAGUGGAUUGAAUAGAAUGCAUGUACCAUUGGUCACUAGAAGUACAUUGGAAGUUGUCAUACCUCCACACGCAGUGCCCAAACUGAUAACAAAAUCAAGAAAUAAGCUUGCUCAGAUUAGUGAGUUGUCAGGAGCAAAUGUUAAAUUGAUUGAGGAUAGACCUGAGGAAACAGAGAAGAUAAUACAAAUAUCAGGCACUCCGGAGCAAGCAGAGAGAGCUCAGAGCCUGCUUCAAGGGUUUAUUUUAAGUACCCUAGAAGAUGGCCCCUGAAGAACUGUGACAUAUGUGGCAAAUAAUGCUCCAAGCCUGUAGGUGCCUUGCAAAUUUUCCUCUGUAGUCCGUUAUAGUAGGGUAUCCUAGGCCAUCGCGAGGUACUGAUUAGUAAGAAUGUACAAUAUUAGAACUCAGUGCUAAUGUAAUUUGUAAUGCUUUACUCCCUCAAGUUGUCGUGUUGUAUUUUGGAAUGUACUAUCAACACUCCUGCACUGUACAGGAACGAAGUGUUUUGUGCAAAAUCGGGUUCAAAUGCUGGUGUUUAAUUUUCCCUCAAGCUGUCGUCUUGUAGUUUGGAAUGUACUUUCAACACUCUUGCAAUGUACAGGAAUGGAGUUACGCAUUUUGUGCAAAA